UCCAACUUCCUAUUCCUUCUCUUCUGCUUUCUUUCUCAACUUCUUCAGAAAUACCCCUCCUUACAAAAUCUUCUUUCUUCUGCUUUCUUUCUCAACUUCUAGUAAUCUCCCCCUAUUUGCAAAAUCUCUUAUAAUGGGUUUCGUUCGAAAAAUUGUGUUGAUCUUGGCUGUGGCUUUAUGUGUUGUUUCUUCAACUGCAGAAUUUUACAAUGGGACUACUGAUGAACAAAUUAAUGGUUUCGCAUUUGCACCGGCUCCAUUCAGUAUUAUACCUGUGGACCCCAGUACGGAGAUCCUUGUUAACUGGACAGCCACGCUCACUAAUCUCACAUGUUACAGGAUAGUUGGCACGGAGGAGACAGUCUGUCGCGUCACGACCUCGGCGGAGUUUCACAACAUCACCUCCGGCGAGUUCGUUUCCGGGCCUAAAUCUGCCGGUGCUCCACUUCCAGUACCAGCCAUGUUCCUUGUGUUUGUAAUAUUUAUCGUUCAGUUUGUUUAAUUACUAAGAAGGGUACGUGAGACUAAAGACGGUGCUACAAUUAUUCAAACAUUCCCAGAUAUUGAUGGAUGUAUCAUUUGACUGGAAACUUUUUUCCAGCUACUAAUAUUUCAGUUUAUUUCUAUAUCAGUUUUAAUAUUUAUUUAUUUUCAUUUCUUUUUGGUGUC